AGCGGCAGCCGCCGUCGCGGAGCAGAACAAGCCCAGCUCCGGCCGCGGCUGCCGGCCCUGAUUCCAGAGUGGCCACCCCGGGGUGCCAGCGCGGACCAUGAUGGACCUGAAGGUGGAUGAGGAGGAGGUGGACAGCGGGCAGCCGGUGAGCAUCCAGGCCUUCGCCAGCAGCUCCACCCUCCACGGGCUCUCGCACAUCUUCUCGUACGAGCGGCUGUCGCUGAAGCGCGUGGUCUGGGCGCUGUGCUUCCUGGGCUCGCUGGCACUGCUCGCCCUCGUCUGCACCAACCGCAUCCAGUACUACUUCCUCUACCCUCACGUCACCAAGCUGGACGAGGUGGCGGCCACCAGGCUCACCUUCCCUGCCGUCACCUUCUGCAACCUCAACGAGUUUCGUUUCAGCCGGGUGACCAAGAACGACCUGUACCACGCCGGCGAGCUCCUCGCCCUGCUCAAUAACAGAUACGAGAUCCCAGACACCCAGACCGCCGACGAGAAGCAGCUGGAAAUCCUGCAGGACAAGGCAAACUUCCGAAACUUCAAGCCCAAACCUUUCAACAUGCUGGAGUUUUAUGACCGGGCUGGCCACGACAUCCGGGAGAUGCUGCUGUCCUGCUUCUUCCGCGGGGAGCAAUGCACCCCCGAAGACUUCAAAGUGGUCUUCACCCGCUAUGGGAAGUGCUACACCUUCAACGCGGGGCAGGACGGGAAGCCCCGGCUCAUCACCAUGAAGGGGGGCACCGGCAAUGGCCUGGAGAUCAUGCUGGACAUUCAGCAGGACGAGUACCUGCCAGUGUGGGGGGAAACAGACGAGACCUCGUUUGAAGCCGGGAUCAAGGUGCAGAUCCACAGCCAGGACGAGCCCCCGCUGAUCGACCAGCUCGGCUUCGGGGUGGCUCCCGGCUUCCAGACUUUCGUGUCCUGCCAGGAGCAGCGGCUCAUCUACCUGCCACCUCCCUGGGGCGACUGCAAGGCGGUGGCGGGCGACUCGGAGUUUUACGACACCUACAGCAUCACCGCCUGCCGCAUCGACUGCGAGACCCGCUACCUGGUGGAGAACUGCAACUGCCGCAUGGUGCACAUGCCAGGCGAUGCCCCUUACUGUACCCCGGAGCAGUACAAGGAGUGCGCGGAUCCGGCCUUAGAUUUCCUGGUGGAGAAGGACAACGAGUACUGCGUCUGCGAGAUGCCCUGCAACGUGACCCGCUACGGCAAAGAGCUCUCCAUGGUGAAGAUCCCCAGCAAGGCCUCCGCCAAGUACCUGGCCAAGAAGUACAACAAGUCGGAGCAGUACAUCGGGGAGAACAUCCUGGUGCUGGAUAUCUUCUUUGAAGCCCUGAACUAUGAGACGAUCGAGCAGAAGAAGGCGUAUGAGGUGGCCGGCUUGCUGGGUGACAUUGGAGGGCAGAUGGGGCUGUUCAUUGGGGCCAGUAUCCUCACAGUACUGGAGUUGUUCGACUACGCCUACGAGGUGAUAAAGCACCGGCUGUGCCGGCGGGGCAAGUGCCGCAAGAACCACAAGAGGAACAACACGGACAAGGGCGUUGCGCUGAGCAUGGACGACGUGAAACGCCAUAAUCCCUGUGAAAGCAUACGGGGCCACCCGGCAGGCAUGACAUAUGCAGCCAACAUCCUACCUCAUCACCCGGCCCGGGGCACCUUUGAGGACUUCACCUGCUAA